AUGCAAUUAAAGAAAAGCAGGAGACGGUUAUUGUAUUUGUGUUCUUUGAUUAGUCUGAUAAAUCGUUAUUUAUCUGAUGGUUUUCAGAGUACACCUUUCUCUAAACCAAUGGUACAGUCACUUCAAUUCCAUCUCUUUCAGUUGAAAUUUUUCCUAAUUGGUCUCAGUAUGCUUUGUUCGCGCUUGAAAGUCAGGCUUAGAGGUCAAUCUAAAUACACCCAUGCACUUGAAAAAAUGUACUUUUCUUCAGACGGUGAAAUCAGACUCAAGUCAGACAGUACUGCGGACUCAGAAAAGCCAGAGGAAGUAUAA